CGAGAACGGGUGCAGCUAACCGGAGACACAGAUGAAGUGGAGAGAGUCGACAGUGCUUGCACUCCAUACUAUAUCAGACAGAAUCAUCCUGGUCCCGGAUAAGAGGUGUAGCUGGCGGCGAUGAAAUGCAACAUGUGAUACAACCACCAGGUCCCCUUGUGGCCGCAUGGUUUUACUGCCCAUUAAGCAUUACCCUCGUCCCUGGCGGCCGAUCUCAUCUCGUUCCUUACAUCUGGCGGAGCUUGAAAGAUGUGUGUCGCAAUCGCACAUCUCCGACAAGCUUUCUCCACCAGACCGCUGUGCCCCUCGGAGUAGGCUAUGGGCUUCUCGGAGUGUAUUCCUAGCCAUGUAGGCAGUGCACGCCUUCGUCUCUAUCGCGAAACCGCAUGCGAUAGGCACGCAACCCCG